AGCGAGGCGUAGCUAGGCUAGCUUCUCAAUGGCAUGUUAUGUUUUCAGCAGUAACGACAGUCUGCGUUAAUAUUUGGUAGAAUCUUUCGUUUAUGAAAGUUGUGUAACUUUUGCGUGUGUUAUUUGGACCAGAAUGGAAGGUAAAAUGAUCGGACCGGGUCCAUACAGGGCAACAAAGUUGUGGAAUGAAACUAUCAAGCUCUUCCGUGGAGGCAUGCCUCUGAAAAGACACUGGGCAUACUUCCGUAGCUAUGACAACAGCUUCACUGGAUCUGAGGCCGUUGAUUGGCUACAUGAGCUGCUGAAGCGAAACCAUAACUUUGGGCCAGAGGUGACCCGGUACCAGACCCUGCAACUGCUCAGGAAAUUCAUGAAGAACCACGUCGUUGAGGAUGUCAAGGGCCGCUAUGGUAAAGAAGACUUUGAGGACAGUGGUCAAGUCUACAGGUUCCCUCCUACGUCCCCCCUGAAGCCCCUGCCCCAGCGGACCCCAGUGUCAGAGAACUGUGACCUGCCCCGCCUCAUCCGCUGGGACGACUACGAGGAACUGCCGCAGCCAGAGAAGAUCCCCAUGAAGUCUCUGAUCCUGAACUCAGAGACGUGGAACAAGAGACACAGCAUAGCCAUUGGAGAGGUGCACGAGUGCAAAAUCAUACGUAGGAGUGACAUCACCCCCAAGCAAGUUGACCAAAUCUGGAAGAAAAUGACAAUCGCACAGUACGUAGCUAGCUGUCCACCACACACCACCACACACCAUGGACUUGCGCUUGUUGGUCACUGUGUGUGUGUGUGUCGUUGCUUUUCCUUUUACAACCGUUUUAGUUUGCAGAGAGUGCUGGGUCUGAAGACAAUGGAUGGAGUGUUGGAUCCCAAACACGUGAAUGCAAAGCAUAUAAUUCACAACGUAUUCAGUGUCAAUAAAACAGGAAUAGUUAUUGUGAAGAACAAAGCGGAGGACAUGCCCUAUUGGGUUCUAUCAGCAAUGAAGUGCCUAGCCAACUGGCCCAAUGGUAGGGAGACCAAGCAGCCCAUGUACCCAGGCUUUGAGCGUGAUGUGCUGCGGACGGUGGCUGAGUACUUCCAGAGACUCAAAGAGCCCCUGUUGACCUUCCAGCUCUAUGAAGUCUUUGUCAACAUUCUCAGUCUGCUGCAGCAGAAAGAGGUGGCAGCAGAGGCCCUCCAGGUGUGCAGCCUCCUCCUGCCACCGGCCAACCGCCGCAGACUCCAGCUGCUCCUCCGCCUCAUGGCCAGGGUCUGCCAGAACCCCGCCCUUCCACCGCUUAACGAUGCCAUAGCAACACGCACCCUGAUGGUGCAGACAUUCUCGCGCUGCAUCCUGGGCUCUGCAGAGGAGGUGGACCUGGACGAGCUUCUGGCCACCAAGCUGGUCACCUUCAUGAUGGAGCACCACGACAGUGUCCUCAGGGUGCCCUCUAACCUGCACAGACAUGUGGAUGAUCACCUCUCCCACCUCAGGAGGGUACAGAUAAAGUAUGCCGGUGCUGAUACAGACGCCUCCCUGGUGUCUCCGUCGUACUGCAGGAAGAUUAGCAGGGCAGAGUUUGAGGAGCAGAGAGUCUCCAGCUCCCAGGGGCCCAUGCAGGAGCUGCUGGAGGGCCUCAUCGCCGACACUGAGCUCUCAGCCAAGGACAAGAGGAAGAGACUCAAGCAGUUCCAGAAGUCCUAUCCAGAGAUCUACCGCAGGCGGUUCCCCACAGCGGAGAGCAAGGCUGCCGUCUUACCAGAGAAAGCACCACGGCUCAAACCCCAGCUCAUGCUCCUAACCCUAAAGAAACCCUUCCAGCCUUUCCAAAGGAGUUGGAGCUUUAGGGCCUAACUCUCACCUCUGACUCUGCACGUCUGACCUCUACAGUGUGGCCAGCAGACAGGGAGGAUUAUGUGUGUUGGCGUGUUUGGAGCUUAUUCCACAGCAGGUCAAUGAGAAUAGAAUUCACAGGGGUAAAGUGGCAAUAGAUGGAAUAGUGUUGCCAAUUUGACUUACUAUACUAGAAACUACUGUUAAACUAAGAAGAGAAGUAUAGUAGAAACUACUGUUAAACUAAGAAGAGAAGUAUAGUAGAAACUACUGUUAAACUAAGAAGAGGAUGCUAGGAAUCCAUAAAGGGCAGCUUGUGUUUGCCAAUUUAACAGUGACUGGAAAUGAUCAUGCAUAACAGGCCCAUAGAAUUGGUCACUACAGGUAGAAUUAGAAAUGUGUGUGCCAUGUUUAAAUUGGUUUUAAAAAAAGAAACAAAAAUUACCCCCUUUUCCUCCCCAAUUUCGAUCUUGUCUCAUCGCUGCAACUCCCCAAUGGGCUCGGGAAGUGAAAGUCGAGUCAUGCAUCCUCCGAAACAUGGUUCUUAGCACCCGUCCACUUAACCCGGAAGCCACCCGCACCAAUGUGUUGUAGGAAACACCGUUCAACUGAGGACCAGGUCAGCCUGCAGGCGCGUGACAAGGAGUCGCUAGAGUGUGAUGUGUCAAGUACAACCCCCCGGCCAAACCCUCCCCGAACCCGGACGACGCUGGGCCAAACCCUCCCCGAACCCGGACGACGCUGGGCCAAACCCUCCCCGAACCCGGACGACGCUGGGCCAAACCCUCCCCGAACCCGGACGACGCUGGGCCAAACCCUCCCCGAACCCGGACGACGCUGGGCCAAUUGUGCGCCGCCUUAUGGGACUUCCGAAAACAGCUGAUUGUGAUUACAGCCCCGGAUUAAACCUGGGUCUGUAUUGACGCCUCUAGCGCUGCGAUGCAGUGUCUUAGACCGCUGCACCACUCGGAGGCCCAUGUUUUUUUCCCACCAAGUGAACACUGAUUUUUUUUUUUUUACCGUCAUGCAUUUCAAUUGGCCAUUUACAGUGAGCUCCAAAAGUAUUGGGACAGUGACCAUUUGUUGUUGUUGUUUUGGCUCUGUACUGCAGCACUUUGGAUUUGAAAUGAUACAAUGACUUUUGGGUUAAAGUGCAGACUGUCAGCUAAAAAUGUGAGUGUAUUUUCAUGCCAUUUUAGGGAACCAAAAGUAUUGGAACAAAUUCACGUGUAUUAAAGUAGUCAAGUUUAGUAUUUGGCACCAUAUUCAAAGCACGCAAUGAUUACGUCAAGCCUGUGACUGCACAUUUGUUGAAUGCAUUUGCUGUUCGCUUUGGUUGUGUUUCUGAUUAUUUGUGCCCAAUAGAAAUUAAUGGUAAAUAAUGUAUUGUCAUUUUGGAGUCACUUUUAUUGUAAAUAUGUAGAACAGAAUGUUUCUAAACACUUCUACAUUAAUGUGGAUGUGACCAUGAUUAUUGAUAGUGAAUAAUGAUGAAAGUUACAGAUGCACAAAUAUCACACCCCCAGAAAUGCUAACCUCUCCUAUUAUUGUAAUGUUUUUUUUGUUUUGUUUUUUCCCCACCUUUAUUUAACCAGGUAGGCUAGUUGAGAACACCUUUAUUUAACCAGGUAGGCUAGUUGAGAACACCUUUAUUUAACCAGGUAAGCUAGUUGAGAACACCUUUAUUUAACCAGGUAGGCUAGUUGAGAACAAGUUCUCAUUUGCAACUGCGACCUGGCCAAGAUAAAGCAUAGCAGUGUGAACAGACAACACAGAGUUACACAUGGAGUAAACAAUUAACAAGUCAAUAACACAGUAGAAAAAAAGAGAGUCUAUAUACAUUGUGUGCAAAAGGCAUGAGGAGGUAGGCGAAUAAUUAAAAUUUUGCAGAUUAACACUGGAGUGAUAGAUGAUCAGAUGGUCAUGUACAGGUAGAGAUAUUGGUGUGCAAAAGAGCAGAAAAGUAAAUAAAUAUAAACAGUAUGGAGAUGAGGUAGAAAAAUGGGUGGGCUAUUUACCGAUAGACUAUGUACAGCUGCAGCGAUCGGUUAGCUGCUCUGAUAGCAGAUGUUUGAAGUUGGUGAGGGAGAGAAGUCUCCAACUUCAGCGAUAUUUGCAAUUUGUUCCAGUCACAGGCAGCAGAGAACUAGAACGAAAGGCGGCCAAAUGAGGUGUUGGCUUUAGGGAUGAUCAGUGAGAUACACCUGCUGGAGCGCGUGCUACGGGUGGGUGUUGCCAUCGUGAACAGAUAAGGUGGAGGUUAACAUGUCUUUGGGAAAUGAUAUUUGUGAUUUUAAAUUUCUAACUCCUCAUUAUUCAUGAUUCAUUCAGGAUUAUCCAUAAUCAUGGGGGGGGGGGAUCCACAUUUAAUGUAGAAGUGUUUAGAAACAUUGUAUUCUUAUUUACAAUAACAGGGACUCAAAUAACACAAUACAUUAUUAAACAAGCGUUUUAAUAUGGCACAAAAUAAUCUGAAUCACAACCAAAACAAACAACAAAUUGCAUAAAACAAGAUUGUGGAGUCACAAGCGUGAUGCAAUCAUUGCAUGGUAUGAAUAUGGGACCAAAUAAUAAACUUUAAACUACUUUAAUACACAAGUGAAUUUAUCCCAAUACUUUUGGUCCACUAAAAUGUACAUAAAGUGCUGUUAUUUCUAAACGGUUCACCCGAUAUGGAUAAAUUCCCUCAAAUCAAAUGGAAGAUCGACAGUCGUCUGCACUUGAACCUCAUAGUCAUUGUAUCAUUUCAAAGCCAAAGUUCUGGAGUAAAGAGCCAAAACAACAUGUGUCACUGUCCCAAUACUUCUGGAGGUCACUAUGUCCCUGUUAAUAUUAUUUGGUGAGUGUGGUCUUUCUCAGAACACAUAGGUACUGAAGGGCUGGAAGAGCCCUUUUCUUCAAUAUAGCACUGGUCUAUGGAAUUGUCAGUCAUCUCUGAUUCUUCACUUAAUUUCAUUAUAGAAUUUCAUAAUGAUCUUGUUUACUACUAGGUCUUCUGGAGACACCCCAGUAGACUUAGGGUGGAUUGAGUCAUCUCAUGAGACAUGUUUUUACAUUUAAUUGUCAUGGUACUGUAUUUCAGUAAUGGAAAAUGUUAUUUCAAGUUUAAUAUAUUUUUGAUAACUCUAAACUACUUUACAGCUUUACCUGUACAUCUGUUUUUCUGAUCACACUGGAGAACUAGAAACCGUCGUUAAGAAUGUUGCUGAAGAACUCACUGAAGUGCCAGUUGAUAAUAUUGUAUAUUUGUUGGAAUGUUGUUAGUCAUUUUGUAUAUAGUUAUAAGAAGUUAUUUUUCACACGGUCACACAGUAUGUCCUUUACUAUAACAAGCAUGUUGUUUUAUUUCCUGUCACUUUGUCUUACUACUGUACCUACUUUCUCUAAUGACAUCUUUAGCUUUUAGCACUUUUUUUUCUUUGUAUUUCUUUGAGCGAUGUUUAAUCAUAAAACUAACUUUUAGCACUGGAUAAUUUUUAUACAGAUAUCACUGCAAGUAUUUUUGGCUGAUAAUGUUAGUGGAUAGAUGGAAGAAUGUUGGGAUCUUGACUGUUACGCCCUUACUGCAGGUAGUAAGUGGCUGCUCUUGCAUUUUUGCUGGAAUAUGGAAACCUGAUGAAUACAAGAAAUGUAAAAGAAGGUGUCUCGUCGACUCUUUCUUGUGUGUAUGAAAUCCACUCAACAAAUAACUUUCGGUUGAGAACAGGACACAUUUUCAGAUGGCAUCAAAGCACAUUUUUAUUGGAUUGUGGCUAAAGGCUUUCCAACCCUGGUUUUCAAUGAAGUAGGUAGGAUUCAUGAGUACCUUCCUGUACCAUAAACAGUCAGCACUUUAACCUCACAUUUAUCAUUUCAAAAUGAAAAGUGCUGGAGUACAGAACCAAAACAACAAAUGUGUCACUGUCCCAAAACCUUUGGAGCUCACUGUACUUUCGACAUAGAAUUAAGCAUACAUUUUAUGGCUCUAGCAGGCAGGCAAAAGCCCUACUCACCUGCUUUGUGCUCCCUCUGAUUUUUGGGGUGCAUGAUGCCCAUGCUUGUAGCCAUUUAUUAAUGAUCUUGCUGCACUUUUCUCCUGGCAAUUUGGCCCACCCUUCAGCUGGAAACUGCUCCAAUUCUUCAAUGUUUGAGUGGGUGCCUUCCAUCAACUGUGAUUUUCAGAUCUGGCCAUAGGUUUUCGAUAGUAUUCAGAUUUGGUCUCAUCGUCCAGAACAAUCCAGGGUCCUUCU